UUGUACAAAAUGAGGGGAUUUUUCCAAAUGUUGAACAAGAAAAAAGAGCUGAUCCCGCUGAUCGGGAUUGUUUCUCUUGCCGCGAUGGGAGCCGCUACCAUAUCCAUCUACUUCCUUCUAACCAAAUCUGACGUGAUCUUGAAUAAGACCUCCAAUCCAGAACCGUGGGAGAGAGUGGAUCCAUCCAAGCCCCAAAAGCUUCUUACCAUCAACCAGCAAUGGAAACCAGUGAAGGAGCUGGAGUUGGUGAAGAGCCUUACCAAGUGA